UUUUCCUACCGGUUUUCUACAAACCAAGAGUAAACAAAUGGAUGCUACAGCGCUUAUCUGUAAAAACAUGGAAAAUGUAACCAAACAGCGGGGAUUACAACAACGAAAAUGCCCGGACAGAAGAAAAAAUACAGCGUACGGUUCCCUCCUGGUCGCAUAAAAAAAAUCAUGCAGAGGGACACAGAGGUUGGGAGGAUAGCGAUGGCGGUCCCCGUGAUCAUCUCUCGGGCUUUGGAGAUGUUCCUGAAGUCUUUUCUCACAAAAACCUGUUUGAUAACUGAGGCGAAGCGAAGCAACACCAUAUCAGUGGCUCACAUGAAGCAGUGCAUAGAGUCAGAAAAACUCUUUCAUUUUCUCAAAGACCUGGCAGAAGGAACCACAUCUACGGCAACUCAGAAGGACAACAGAGGCAUGAAUAUAUGGCCUCUAUACAGGACCAAAAGGAACAAAAUGGCCGUUUCAUCCGGAACAGGAGAGAUGGUGACCCCAAGGAGCCUCGGCCCCCCUGAGAAUGACUCCAGCUCAAGUGAGUCUGAGCUCUUCAUCUGCGUAUAACAUGGACCUCUAGCUUCACAGUUCCUGUUGACAUUUCUUUUAAGGUUUGCUGCAUCUCAGAUCAGCUGAAACUGCUGGGACGUGUUUGCUUACAUUAAAAGCCAGAUUAUUUUUGGAAAAAAAAAAAAUUCCACAGCAGGUUGAAUCUGCAAAAAAUGAAAAGCUUUGGUAAAAGAUUGUCCCUGGAAGUUAAUUUUGUUUUGCUACGGGGGUCUUAAGUGACUUAAAAUAAGGUAAUGUAAGUAAAUAUAUAAAGUUUUGUGUUGAUAGAAGGGUUUAGUGUUUUGAUUAUGAUAUUAAGAUUUAAUAUUUCCUUUUGUUUUUGCCCCUGUGGCUUACCCCUAGCCCACCCCAACAUAAAUCUAUUUUUCUUUACCUUAAUUAUACAAGGGCUGAUGAUGCAACAAUCCUUAAAAUGUGAGUGCUUUCUAUAUUUAACUAUAGCCGUUGUGUUUCCAGUUUUACAGCACUUGUAAAUUAACUUUUUAAACAAAGUGAUGUGCAAACCAAUGCAAAGGGUCAAUAAAACUAAGCAAGAGCUUAAAGCAA